UUUUUUCCGGUUCUCCCCGGGCACCGGUAGCCAGGGUGGGGGGUUCGGCGAUUCGUCGGAACGGCGGAGCGAGUGGGGGGUAGGUGCGGUCCCGAGCGAUUCGCGUUCACAGUUUCGGCAACGGAUCAUCCAACCGUCGUUUUUUCGUGGACGAAAGCCCAGUAACAGUUCGGACUUACCACUGGCGGUACGCCGCGUGCACGGUAGGCAGAGAAACCGUCGAGAACUCGAAACGAUAUCGGUCAGGAAGUGUUCAAAGGUCGUCGUAUGCUGACCGUAAUUUCUGAGUUUACGACGUUUCGAACAUCGUUUUUUUUCACGUUUCCUUUACGAUGAUCGUAACACGUACGUGCACCGCGAUCGUUCUGCACCGUGUAAAGUUCUCGUGGUGAACCGAGUAACAGUUGGUCGAGGGUACCGCUAAUUUUUAUAUCGUACCGAUUCCAAUUGCUGAACAAAAAAUCCAAAUUCAUCAAUAAAACAAUAAAAAAAAAAAAACCAUGGGAGCAAAAAGCAAAGAAGAAGGCGUGGCGACGGACGCGGCGCCAGUCGAAGACGAAAGUAUCAAGUUAAAGCCCAAAAUGAGUCUAUUGAAUGGUAUCACCGUCAUCGUAGGCAGUAUAAUUGGAUCAGGAAUAUUCAUAUCACCGACGGGCGUGUUGGAGAACACUGGAUCCGUGAACGCUUCGUUAAUCGUUUGGGUUCUGUCCGGUGUAUUCUCUAUGGUGGGCGCGUACUGUUAUGCAGAACUGGGAUGUAUGAUAUCAAAAUCUGGAGCCGAUUACGCGUACAUCAUGGAGACGUUUGGCCCAUUUAUAGCUUUCAUGAGACUGUGGGUGGAGUGCAUGAUCGUCAGACCCUGUUCUCAAGCUAUAGUCGCACUCACUUUUAGCUUGUACGUAUUGAAACCAAUAUAUACCGACUGCAAUCCUCCCGAAGAAUCAACUCGUUUGUUGGCCGCUUGUUGUAUAGUUAUAUUGACAUUUAUCAACUGCUGGGAUGUUAAGUGGGCAACACGCGUGCAAGACAUAUUCACAUAUGCCAAAUUGUUAGCACUCAUGGUCAUUAUUACCACGGGAGUUUAUCAGAUAUUCACAGGUCAUACUGAACAUUUCACAUUUCUAAAUACAAAAACCGAAGUUACUUCAAUUGCUCUCUCAUUUUAUUCUGGUCUUUUCGCUUAUAACGGAUGGAAUUACUUAAACUUUGUGAUCGAAGAAUUAAAAGAUCCCAUACGAAACCUGCCAAGAGCGAUCGCAAUAUCAUGCAUACUCGUCACCGUUGUGUACGUCUUUACCAAUGUAGCGUUUUACUCGACGUUAUCGCCACAAGAAGUUCUCAAUUCGGAAGCUGUUGCCGUUACUUUUGCCGAUAGAUUGUACGGUCCUAUGGCAUGGACAAUCCCCGUAUUUGUUGCUUUAUCUACAUUUGGUGCUGUCAACGGUAUUCUACUAACAAGUUCAAGGUUGUUCUACGCCGGAGCCUGCGAGGGACAAAUGCCACAAAUCCUUACGAUGAUCCAAAUCAACCGACUGACGCCUACACCGGCAGUUAUAUGCAUAUGUUUACUGUCUUUAGUGUAUUUGCAAAUAUCAAAUAUUUACGCUCUCAUCAACUACGUCGGAUUUGCCACUUGGUUGAGCAUUGGAGUUUCGGUUUUGUGUAUACCGUGGUUACGUUGGACUCAGCCAGAUUUGAAAAGACCAAUCAAAGUCAACAUGUUCUUCCCUGUUCUCUACAUCGCUGCAACGCUUUUUGUCACGAUAAUUCCAAUAAUCGCUAGUCCGGUGGAAACAGGCUACGGUUGUUUGAUGAUAUUGACCAGCAUACCUGUGUACGGAGUGUUCAUUUAUUGGAAAAACAAACCGGUGAUAUUCAACAAAGUUAUUGGAUGUAUAACGCGUUACUUACAAAUACUUCUAAUGGUCACUACAUCGAAGAUACCAGCCAAAGUUUGAAAAAGUGUAAGAAGUAAAACAUAUAUCGCCAUAAUCAACUACUACUACCUACUUAUUUAUAAUCGACAGUAGCCGCAUGCAACAUUAUAUUCCAAUAACAUAUUAUAUGUACAUUUUAUUUAAUUAACUGUACAAUAUCAGUACUGAAUAUUAAAAUACUCGUAUUAUAU